GUGGUCCCCUUCUACAACCUGGGGGUGCUGAUGGCUCUCUUCUCCCCCCGCUGCACGGACUCCCUGCCCAGCGUCCGGCAACACGCGGUGGACUGCGUCCAUUCCCUCCUCUACGUGCAGCUCUGCUAUGAAGGCUUUUCCCAGGAUCACCAGGAUGAAUCCGUGGAGCAGCUGAAAGCCCUGAAGCCAGGCCUGAAGGACCCCGAUGUGACCGUCCUCUUCCAGACGUGCUGCAACAUUGCCAGGGUCAUGGCCAAGCACUUGCCCCCGGACCAGCUGCUCAGCCUGCUGCUCUCCAUGCUGGAGGGCUUGGCGGACCCCGACCGGAACUGCGCCCGAGCGGCCGCCGUCAUGAUCAACUCCAUCCUGAAGGAGCGAGGGGGGGUCCUGCUGGAGAAGGUGCCGAAGCUCCUGGAGGUGAUCCACCUGAAGCUGCAGGAGGUGCCGGAGGAGUCGGUCCGCAAGGCCACCCAGCAGACGGUCUGCAUCCUGGCCAGCCAGCACAAGGCCGCGGUGGUGUCCAGCCUCCUCGGCCACAGCCUCCCCCUGGACAGCUGCAGCUGCACCAUGUGGAGGGCGCUGGCCUCGGAGCCCACCCUGACCCCGCAGGUCCUGGAGCUGCUGCUGGACAAGGUGAACCGGGACGUCCCGUACAAGGAGAACAAGUCCUUCCUUCGAGGGAGCCGCUCGGAGCGCGUGGCCACCUUCUUCCCCCUCUCGGCCACGUGUGCGCUGCAUGAGAUCAUGUCUGUCCCGGAGUCUGGACCGGCCGUGGGGGGCCUCUACGCGGAGCUCUUCGUCUCCCUCCUGCUGCGGGUCAGCUGCUCGGUCGGCGUCCAGCUGCCCAAGCACCUGCACUCCAAGGAGCGGAGGAGCAUCGGCCGGGGGCAGAGCCUGCGCACCCUCGACCCCUGCAGCUCUGCCAUCGAGACCCUGAAGGCCAUGCUGAGCCAGGGAGGCAGCGAGUCGGUCAGCCAUGCUGUGACGGAGGACGGAGGCUGGGAGCUGCUGCGGAGCCCGGACAAGCACUAUGACGGGGUGGCCUUCCUGGCCAGGGCCAUGGCGAAGCACGCGGGGCCCCGACUCCCCCUGAUCGUGAAGCUGCUCUCGCCGAUGCUGAACAGCAUCUACGACAGCCAGCGGGUCACCACCACUGCCUACUUUGCAGAGCUGCUCAACAGCAACGUGGUGAAUGAUCUGAUCCUUCUGGAGACCCUGAUGGACAGCAUGACAGCCCGGCUGAGGGACUCCUCCACGGCGGUGCGGAUGCUGGCCCUUCGUGGACUGGGGAACGUCGCUUCGGGCUCCCCAGAGAAGGCGAGGAAGUACGGGGGCCAGCUUCUGUCCUCCAUGAUCAGCAGCUUGGACGACAAGGAUGAUCCCCACAACCUGGUGGCCUUGGAAGCCAUGUCCAGCCUCUCCAAGAUCCUGGCCUUCACGGAAGAGAGCGACGUCCACGCCGUGCUGCUCCAUGUCACCAUCCGAAUACGGCCCUUCUUCGACAGCGAGGAGCCCAACCUCCGCAAGGCCUCCACCUUCCUCUUCGGGAACCUGGCCAAGUUCAGCUCCGGGAGUGGUGAGGACGCCUUCUUGGAGCAGAUCCUCUACGGCCUGGUGACUUUGCUGCUCCACCUCCAGGACCCGAAGCCAGAGGUCAUCAAGGCCUGCAAGUUUGCCUUGCGCGCGUGUGGGCCCCUCUUGGGCUGCGCUGGGCUGGCCGAGAUGUUCCAGAAGCACCUGCACGAGGAGUGGAGCCUCCACUACGGCGAGUUCAUGAACGACGCCUGCAAGCACCUGGUGAGCACCUGGCCUCGGGCUUCCCGGCCUUCCUUCCCC